CAGAAACAGCUGCGGGAGGAAUCACCGAAUCAGGACACGGCCGGCGGAAUUCCACUUCCCAUGCAUUAUUAGCCGAGGCGGGGCCCUCCUGUUGGUCCCACCAGUCAGUGGGAUGUGUGGAUGCUAACCAGUGCAGUGGAGGAUUAGCGAUCUUCUAGAAUCGUGUGCGAGCUGGACAGCAGGAAGAGCCGUAGAGUUCGACGCGAGGAGCGAGCGAGUGAUUAGCUCGUGCGUGCUGUGCAAGGAAAGUAACCCAGCAGAUCGAUCGGUCGAGGCGGGUAGGACAGGAUCUAGAGGUAGCUAGCCAUGGCGGAGGAAGCGUCUGCGCCUGCGGCGGGGACGGAAGCGCCGCCGGGGAAGAUGACGAUGGUGGUAGGGGUCGACGAGAGCGAGCACAGCUUCUACGCGCUGCAGUGGGCACUGCAGCACUUCUUCCCGCCGGGCCAGCCGCAGCAGUACCGCCUCGUCGUCGUCACCGCCAAGCCCACCGCCGCCUCCGCCGUCGGCCUCGCCGGCCCAGGCGCCGCGGAUGUGCUGCCGUACGUGGAGGCGGAUCUCAAGCGCUCCGCCCUGCGCGUCGUCGAAAAAGCCAAAGGCCUCUGCACACAGGCGAGCGACGCUGUGUUUGAGGCGCUGGAGGGGGACGCUAGGAACGUCCUCUGCGAGGCUGUCGAGAGGCACGGGGCCGAGAUGCUCGUCGUCGGCAGCCAUGGCUACGGAGCCAUUAAAAGGUCUGUACCAUCUGACCUCACUCACUGCCUCUUCUCUCUUCUCUUCUCCCCUGUUUGCCGACUACAUAGUUGCUGCCAUCUUCAUUUGUCACUGGCUGCAACGACUACCACUAACGAAAUUCUAAUUUAUAAGAUGAAUGAAUGGAAACCAUAAUUGACAGGCUCAUCUCCUAGAAAUAGAUUUCACAUCGAUUGAUGGUGUUCGAGUUAGUACCUGGCUACCUGCUAAUGUUCUUUUCACGCGCUAGGGUAGGAAAAAAAACGCGCCAGAGUACUAUCUUUUUUAUUGUGUUUUCUAUUCACAGGGUUUGCAGCUUUGUAUUUCUGCGGCAAACAUAUCAGUAAUGAUAUCUGCACUUGUUGGCAACAUACAGAACGCCAACACUUUAUAUGUCCAUGACUAAUGAAGUAGGCUUUCCUCAAUGAACUAGGCUAAGCAAGAAUUAUUUUGCGUGUAUGAUUUCAAAUAAACCAACAAUUGAAGGGGCCUUCUUGUUGAAACGUGAUUUGAUAACUUAGUAACGUUCCUCACAAACACCUCCAUGUAUUGAGACUUGAGAGCAAAAGAAAUAACUAUUUUGAAGGAUCUAUACACUCGUUUAGUCGUUUUGACCUGCCCUAAAUACACAUAUCUUCUUCACUCUGUCUGCGUUCUAGGGAACAAUUUACUACAACUACAAUGGCCAUUGCUUUGCAUUUCAACUCUACAUCCCUUUCCUCGUCUACUUCAAAUGUCCUUUAUUUUCGAAAGCUAUAGUUCCAAGUGUCUUUGUUUUCCCCGAAAGAUCUACUUCAAAUUUAUUCUGGUUGUCAUUUCACUUUCGUAUUAUUGAUUGAUUGACUGUCCUCAACCUUCCUCAGGGCUGUUCUUGGAAGUGUGAGCGACUACUGUGCCCAUCACGCGCACUGCACCGUGAUGAUAGUAAAGAAGCCCAAGCAGCACAAGCACUGAUCAAUGCCGACUGAUCACUACGUGUACUGCAAAUAAUAUGUACUACUGCAAAGUUAUGUGUGCGUCCGUCCGUUUGUGAAUAAUUGGGUCAUCAACCAUCACAUCUUCGGUUGCUUCUACAAGUAUCCGAUCCAAUCCUUCUACGUGUGGAUUGGGAUUUACAAAUAAUUGAUUGUUCUCUGAACCUGAAAACAAUGUAUUUGUAUUAAUGUGUUGGAACAAUUAUAUGUAGUUGCAACUUCUUUUCUGUGA